GCUGGAAAGGACACGUUCUUCUCAAGGACGCAAAGGUUGAAUUAACCCCUCGAAAAUACGUGUCUCUUAUUGGCUGAUUUUACACCACAUGCUAAUGUCGUACCAUAUACGGGAUGGUUCGGGAUGUUUCGGGAUGGUUCGGGAUGGUUAGUUUCAGAUCUAGAACCUUCGCUUCCUAUAUAGCUCAGUGGAUAUAUUGCAUAACAAAAUAACAAUAUUAUUGGGAGAACAUGGUGGCUAGUCUGCAGAGUAUAUAGCUUUGCUUUGUUUUUAUCACUUUGUAUGGACGAAUUAAAUGAUUUUCGUUGUGAUUACUGCAACUUUGUGUGUUGCAGUGCUGAUAGUACAUUAUUUUUUGCACAUUUAGUAAAAUUUCACUCAAACGAACCAAAUUUUAAAGUAUAUUGUGGUAGUUGUCCGAGAUCGUUUAAGAAAGUAAACACUCUUCAGAAACAUUACACAAGAAAACAUAAAGCUGCGGAUCUUAGACGACAACCGAACAUAGAACAACAUGAAAACAAUUCUCAGGCGGAUGGAACCGAGGAAUUCGAAGAAAGGACAGCCCGAAGCAACAUGCAACUCCAUGCCGCCAAGUUCCUUCUUUGCGCAGAAGCACAAGGAAAGCUUACACAAAAUGCCUUGGAUUUGGUCAAGGACUCGACCAAGAAUCUGCUUGCAGAGUAUCUGGACAUUGUAAAAAAAUCCCUUGUCGCUAAAAUACAUGAAAAUGGGGAUCAGGAGUUUCAGUUUUCUCACGACAUGGAAGAAUUGUUCUCCGCAGAUGAUAUAUUUAAUGGCUUGGAUUCAGCUUACCAGCAAAGAUCCUACUAUUCGAAAAAUUUUAAUCUUGUGGAACCUGUGGAAGUGGAAUUGGGAAAAGAAUGGAAAUAUGUUUUUUCAGGAGGAAGGAAAAAACUCAAGCGUGUUUCUGUACUUGGUUACCAAAUUCCAUUAUUAAAAAGCCUAGAGGCCCUCCUUCAAAAUCCUGAUAUUUUGAAGGAAGUUGAUAAUGCUCACUGUUCUGAUGAUGAUGUUCUUCGUGAUGUUAUGGAUGGUGAAUUUUUUAGGAGUCAUCCUAUCUUCUCAUGCCAUAAAGAUGCCCUUCAGCUAUUUGGGUAUUAUGACGACCUUGAAAUAGCCAAUCCUUUGGGCUCAAAAGCAAAGAUACAUAAGAUAGGUGUCUUCUACUUUGUACUUGGCAAUAUCCGACCUAUAUUUAGGUCAACUGUUCGAUGUAUUCAACUAAUUGGUGUUGCAAGAACAAAUGAUAUAAAAAAAUUUGCAAUUGAUGGUCUUCUUGAGCCUUUCAUCAAGGAUGUUAAUACUUUAGCUAAGGUUGAUGGCUAUUGCUUUAGUAUAAGUGGUACUGAAAGGGUUUUUCGUGGCAGUCUUUUGCUAUGGACAGGUGAUACCUUGGGUAGUAACCAUGUAAGUGGCUUUAAGGAAGGUGUUGGUGGAGCUUUCAGGAUUUGCAGACAUUGUAUGGGAACAAGGGAAGAAUGUAACCAUAAGUUUCUUUCUGAGGAAUUUCAAGAGAGAAAUUUGACAGCCCAUCGACAAAUUUGUAGUUUCAUUGAGGAUGAAGAUAAUGCAAGAGAAAUCUGUAACCGGCUGUCCAAAACCUAUGGAGUGAAUCGUUUGAGCGUAUUAAACAAAGUGGAGCAUUUUGAUGUCUGCAAGUGCUUCCCAGAGGACAUAAUGCAUAUCUUAUUGGAAGGUUUAGUACCAUAUGAAAUGAAGUUACUGUUAAAAGAGUUAAUUGAUGAAGUUAGAUGUUUAACGCUGAGGGAACUCAAUCACAGAAUAGAUAGCUUUGACUAUGGGUACAUGAACUGUAAAAAUAAGCCAACAAACAUCACCAGAGAGACGUUGAGUGGCUUAAAUGACACAAAGCUCAAACAAACAGCAUCGCAAACAUGGUGCUUAUGCCGGUUUUUGCCUAAUAUGAUUGGUGAUAAAGUGGACAGUAACCUGGAGUAUUGGCAAUGCUUUCUGAAGCUGUGGAACAUUGUCCAAAUUUGUGUUGCCCCAGCAAUAACACAGGUUGAUGUUGCCUGCUUAAAAGUUAUUAUCAGUGAGCAUCACGUGAUGUUCAAGAGGCUGUAUCCCCAUGCAUCAAUCAUACCAAAGAUGCACUACUUAAUCCAUGUACCUGAUGAGAUCCUAAGAUUUGGCCCACCACGUAAUAUAUGGACAAUGCGCUUUGAAGCUAAGCACAGUUUCCUUAAAAGUUCAAUCACAAAAAAUUUCAAGAAUGUUCCCAAAUCUGUGGCAUUUGCACAUCAGCGGGAAAUGUGUUGGAACCUUAUGGCCUCUCCUGAGCAGACCAUGACAAAUUAUCUUUACAGUGGUGAUGUUGUCGGCCCAGGUGAUUAUGAUAUUGAUUUAAAUGGACAAUAUUAUUCAAACAUGCUAGCUGCAGCUGCUGGUUUGAGUCAACUGCCACAACCAUGUACCGGAAGUAGGGUAAAACAUGUUGAGAUUCAUGGAGUCAGGUACAGGCCAGGUUGUGCAUUGCGGUUACAAGAGAUGGAUGAUCUUGGUGAAAGAGACUAUCCAUGUUAUGGAAUAGUGGAAGAAAUCCUAAUCUGGGAAGAUGGCAAGUUCUUUGUCGUAAAAGUGUUAGAAACAAUUGCUUUCCACCAUCACUUCAUGUCGUAUGAAGUAAAUUUCACCGACAAAUGUGCAGUAGUUGUACUUGACAACUUACCCUGGCAUGGUGUUUUGAACGUUGUUAAGAAAAAUGCGCAGAUGUUCGUUGUCGAAAAAGAUACUGUAAAUAUUGAAAGCAUGUAAAUAUUAGUAUAUAUAAGGGUUCUUUUCGCACUAUAGCAUUUCUGGUUAUAUCAAUAUAAGUAUGUAUAAAUCACACUUUAAGAUUAAAGUGUGUUGUACGUAAAAGGGAGUGUUUUUUGAGGGUGUGCUAUGUCAUGGUGUGUUUUGUAACACACCAACGUGUGUUCGAUGAUCUUCCACAAAGGUGUGUUUAAGACGAAAGUGUGUUUUUCUGAAAUAGGUGUGUUACAUGACACGCCUUGUUAAUACAAACGUGUGUUGUAAAACUGUGUGUUACACCAAGGUGUGUUUUGUGGCACACCAGCUUAUGUUUUACGACACACCUUCGUGUGUUUUGGCACACAGUGUGGUGUGUUUUAUAACACACAAGGCCAUGUUUUCUUUUCAUGUGUGUCAUAAUGACACACCUUAGUGUGUUUAAAAACACAUCUUGGUGUGUUUUAGAACACAUUAUUUUUUAGA